UAUAUUUAAGACAUUUUUAUUUGCUUUAAUUAGCGAUAAAGCGUUGAGUUUUGAGAAUUAUUUUCAGUGGUUUGUACAGGCACUUCCCUCUAUGAAAAAAAAAUCACACACUCCAAGAAAAAUCAACAAGAAGUAAAAAAUGGCGUCGAGUCGAGUAAGAGGAACGAUUUCGACGCCAAAUACUGAAGGAAUGUCAGAUGCUAACAAGGAACUGUUUGAAGCUUGUCGAAAUGGGGAUAUUGUGAGAGUUAAGAAAGUUGUAAAUUCAUCUAAUGCUAACGCAAAAGAUACAGCAGGACGCAAAAGUACACCCCUUCACUUCGCAGCAGGUUUUGGCAGAAAAGAUGUUGUGGAACAUUUAUUAUUAUCUGGAGCAAAUGUACAUUCCCGUGAUGAUGGUGGACUGAUCCCGCUACACAAUGCUUGCUCGUUCGGCCACGCUGAAGUCGUCAGUCUUCUCUUGAAACAUGGGGCUGAUGCCAAUUCCAGAGAUAAUUGGAAUUACACUCCACUUCACGAGGCUGCGAUAAAAGGAAAAGUUGAUGUAUGCAUAGUAUUAUUACAAAAUGGUGCUGAUCCUAGCAUCAGGAACACUGAUGGCAAAACAGCACUGGAUCUUGCCGAUCCCGUGGCUAAGUCUGUGUUAACUGGUGACUAUAAAAAGGAUGAGCUAUUGGAGGCGGCCCGCAGUGGCAACGAAGAGAAAUUGAUGAUGCUGUUGACUCCUCUUAAUGUUAAUUGUCACGCUAGUGAUGGAAGAAAGUCCACACCACUCCACCUCGCAGCUGGUUACAACCGGACUAGGAUUGUCCAGCUCAUGUUGAACCAUGGUGCUGAUGUCCAUGCAAAAGAUAAGGGUGGGCUUGUACCAUUACAUAAUGCAUGCUCCUAUGGUCAUUAUGAAGUGACAGAAUUGCUUAUUAAGCACGGUGCUUGUGUUAACUCUAUGGAUCUUUGGCAGUUUACCCCCUUACAUGAAGCAGCAUCAAAAUCAAGAGUUGAAGUUUGUUCGUUAUUAUUAAGUCAUGGUGCUGAUCCGACCUUACUUAACUGUCAUACUAAGUGUGCUUUAGAUGCUGCCCCUACCAGAGAAUUAGCAGACACUUUGCAGUAUGAAUUCCGUGGGUACCAGCUGUUAGAAGCUUGUGGUAAUGCCGACCUGGCAAAAGUUAAAAAGAAUCUAACAGUUGAAUGUGUCAACUUCAAAAACACUAUAAACCAAGAAACUCCUUUACAUUGUUCUGUUGGAUCUACUGGCUCUAAAAGAAAACAAGUGACAGAAGUGUUGAUAAGAAAAGGUGCAAAUUUAGUUGACAAGGACAGAGAUGGUCAAACUCCAAUCCAUGUAGCUUCCAGUAAGAAUCAUCAUGAUGUCCUUGAAAUUCUACUUAAGAAUGGAGCAAAGGUAAAUUCUGUUGACAACCUAGGCCAAACUGCCCUGCACCGAGCAGCUCAGGCCGGCCAUGUCCAAGCGUGUCAUGUUUUACUAGCAUUUGGUGCUGAUGUGACUAUUCCAUCUCUGCAAGGCUUUACUGUCUCCCGUGUUGCAACAGAAAGCGUGCAAAAAUUACUUCAAACUGCUGAAGACCACACCCCAUCGCUUAAUACUAGCCCAGCAAGUGAUGAAAAUUAUGAACUCCUUGAGGCGGCAAAGUCUGGGGAUUUAGACACUUGUAAGGUUCUAGUUUCUAAGACUUCACCAAUUGUUAACUGUCGAGAUAUAGAAGGCAGGCAUUCCACUCCUCUUCAUUUUGCAGCAGGGUACAAUCGAGUGGCAGUAGUUGAAUUUCUCCUUCAACAUGGUGCUGAUGUUCAUGCUAAAGAUAAAGGGGGCUUGGUUCCACUACAUAAUGCAUGUUCCUAUGGUCACUAUGAAGUAACCGAGCUGCUUGUAAAACACGGUGCAGUGGUCAACGUUGCGGACCUGUGGAAGUUCACACCGCUUCAUGAAGCAGCAGCGAAAGGCAAAUAUGAGAUUUGCAAGCUUCUACUGAAGCAUGGAGCUGAUCCUCACAAGAAGAAUCGUGAUGGUAACACGCCAUUAGAUUUGGUGAAAGAAGGGGAUCAAGAUGUCGCUGAUCUUUUGCGAGGGGAUGCUGCCCUCAUUGAGGCAGCCAAAAAAGGCAACCUUGCACGAGUCCAGAAGCUUGUGACGCCGGAGAAUAUUAACUGCCGAGAUUCUCAAGGAAGGAACUCUACGCCACUCCACCUUGCAGCUGGUUACAAUAAUGUUGAAGUUGCAGAGUACUUACUUGAGAGUGGUGCAGAUGUCAAUGCACAAGACAAAGGAGGACUUAUACCACUACAUAAUGCCUCUUCUUAUGGGCAUGUUGACAUUGCAGCUUUACUCAUCAAGCACAAAACAUGCGUGAAUACGCAGGAUCGUUGGAAUUUCACGCCGUUACACGAAGCUGCUCAGAAAGGUAGAACGCAGCUGUGCGCUUUACUGCUUGCCCACGGUGCAGACCCAACCAUGAAGAAUCAAGAAGGCCAGGCACCAUUAGAUUUGACAACGGCUGAGGAUGUCAGAGCUCUACUACUGGAUGCCAUGCCACCAAUGACUGCUACCACCAGUGCAACCAAGACAUCCCCGUCCAUCAACAGUUCCUUACGAGGACCAACUGCUGGAACAGCAUCAGGUGGCAGUUCAAAUUACCCGAUGGCUAUUGGAGGCGUGGCAGGUUCCGGAGAUGGAAUGGCAGAGAGGAAACCAACUGAGGGCGCUUCACCUCUUGAUAUGAAUAUCGGCACGUUUUUGAGGUCAAUUCAACUGGAUUCACUUAGAGAUAUAUUUGAAAGAGAGCAGAUCACGAUGGAUAUUCUUGUGGACAUGGGCCACGAAGAACUGAAGGAGGUAGGCAUCAACGCCUACGGACAUCGACACAAGAUUAUCAAAGGAGUUGAGCGAGUCGUUGGUGGUAACAUUGGGCCUAACCCUCACCUGAACAUUGCGCCAAGUCAAGGCACUGUACUCAUUGAUCUGCUACCACCUGACAAGGAGUAUCAGUCUGUUGAAAAUGGGAUGCAAGCUACUGUUCGAGAACAUCGUGACCAAGGACAUGCUGGGGGUGUGUUCACAUGUUACAACAUUAUAAAAAUACAGAAGAUUAAAAAUAAAAGACUAAGUGAACGAUAUGCUCACAGGCGGAAAGAAGCGGCAGAUGAGAAUUACAACCAAGACAACGAACGAAUGCUGUGGCAUGGGUCACCUUUUAUCAAUGCUAUUAUCAACAAGGGUUUUGAUGAAAGGCAUGCAUACAUAGGGGGCAUGUUUGGAGCUGGAAUCUACUUUGCUGAAGAUUCCUCCAAGAGUAACCAGUAUGUGUAUGGUAUUGGUGGUGGAACCGGUUGUCCUGUUCACAAAGACAGGUCUUGUUAUAUAUGUCACAGGCAGUUGCUGUUCUGUCGAGUUACGUUAGGAAAAGCGUUCCUGCAAUUUAGUGCAAUGAAAAUGGCUCAUGCCCCACCUGGCCACCACUCUGUAAUAGGACGGCCCAGCAGUGGCGGACUUAAUUAUGCAGAAUAUGUCAUCUAUAGGGGAGAGCAGGCAUAUCCAGAGUACCUGAUAACAUACCAAAUUGUGAAACCAGACACACUACCAACUCCAACCCCAACACCUUGAUUCCAUCACACUCUGUUAAUGAAUUCCAACAAGAUCAUUCAUGUUUGAACAUCCGAACACCUACAGCUUGAAUUAGGACAAUAUGGAAAACUUAUACUGCCAGUCAAUAGACACACCCCAACCACCCCCCCCCCCUUCUCUUGCCUGAUGUAUCCUGACUUUCAAUUUCUAAAAUAUUGCUAACCGUACAUGUAUGCAAUAUUGAUGUCUGGAUACACAUACCACUGCCCAGUAAGCGAAUGUAAAAGUAGUGUACUUCUGAAGAAUCCAUUGAGCACUCAUUUUCACAAAUUUUGCAUUGAUAUAACUGGUGUGAUUACCUGCAUUGCCAUAUUCUGUGUAUUAAAAACAAUUCAUUCUCUUUUUUUAUCUUCCUCUACUUUUCAAUCUGUUGUGCUCUAGUUAUUCUUCUAUUAAAUUUCUUUUAAAAAAUUUCCUUAAAUUUAUUUAUAUAAUAUCUAUUACUUGUAUGUAGUUAUUGUUAAAUAUCUAUCAUUGUUCUUUUAUUGAUGUAACUAACUGUGUUAUCUUUCACCUUAUCUCAUUAAUACCAUUUUUUAAUAAUAAUAAGCAUUUUAAAUGCUGUAAGUUUGUAACUUUAAAUGUUCCCUACAUUUAUUAUUCUACUAUGAUCAAUAGUGUAAAAUACUUCCAUGAUUUCUUAAAAUGAAAUACUCUAUUUAGUAUUUUUUGUAAAUUUAGUUAGAAUUUGCAAAUUAAUUGCAGAUUUUAAAAGUUAAUUGUUCUGGUAUUUUGUUAUUUUAAGCAAAAAAGUACAUGCCAACGUUGUGCAAUAGUAAGCUAGGGUUUUUACUUUAGUAUUUACCUAUCUUAAAACCAGUGUACUUAAAAGCAAUCUGCUUAGGCCAGCUCUCGCAACACUUUGGCCUAAGAGGUUGCUCGAGUACACUGUGUUUUACUUUUCUUUUCCGUGUGUAUUGUGUAGCCAUGUUAAAUAAUGAUUUUUUUUUUUAAUAAUACGUACAUCCCAUCUGUUAACACUAUUAAAGUUUAAUAGUGAAAAAUUAAAUAAAAUAUUAUGAUCAUAAAUUUAUAUAUAUUUUAAUGUGCCGUCACAAUGUGUGUACAGUUGCGAAAGGUUUAAGCAAACCAAUGAUUUAUUUAUAUAGCUUAGCAAACAAUAAUUUUUUUAGUUUUACUCAAACGAACAAAUUUUUAAAAAGAAAUUAUUGAUUGUAUAUUAAGUAGCCAAAGACCAUUAUUUGUAUUUUUGUUUAAAUAAUAAUUCAUAUUGAAAAAGAAAUUAAAGAGAUUGACUUCUAAAAUGAAAUUUAAAAUCAUUUUUUCUUAGAUUUGAAGUCUUAGAUCUGUACCAGUUUAUUUACUAUAUUAUUGAAUGUUUUUGUUUUGUAAGUGGGUAAUUGUUUAUUUAUAAAAAACAAUAGUCAAUCGCAGGUAAAAAAUAAUCUAGUAAUUUAUGUGUUAUGUAUGUAAAAUCAGUUGACCUCAUAAUUGUCAUGUCACAUAUCAUUUGCAUAAUCAUGUUUAUUGAUAUUGUCCUGUGCAUCCAUGUGCCAUUAUACAAUGCAACUCUAAAUAUAGUAAACUAUAGUUAUUAUUUCAAGCUGUUCAUGUAUCAGAAUUAUGAGUAUUGAAAUUAAGUGAUAAUGAUUAGCUGCUGGGUUCCUCCUUACCCAUCAUGGGUGUUCAGAGCUGAAUACUUAGUCAAUUAAUUAAAUUAUUCCAUAGAUUAUUAUUAGUUUUUAAGUUAUUUGAUAAAAUUAUAGUGAUUAUUUUAUGAAAUGCAACCAUGAUUUUAGAUCCAUUGACCACUUUUGCCUUGCGUUAAUAGAAUUUAAUUUUGGCUGAAAAUCAACACCAAGCAUUAAAACAAGCUGUAAGCAUGUAUUGUUGUACAUAUUUGUAUAGCUUAUGUUUUUAGAUGUUUAUUUUCAAUAAGACCACAUUGAAACUAAAUCGGUUGCUUGACACUGUUUUAUUUUCAUAAAUAAAAUUUUAAUGUACGACAGCCUGUAACUAUAAAAGCCAGAUAUUAGGGCCAAGUAGACCAUGUUAAAAAAAAGGGGUUCAGUCUAACUAUAGAACCCCCACCCCCAGGUAAUUGCCUGUAUGACUUUAAUUCUAUCAGUACCCUAGGCUACAUAACCUGUUCUUUUAUAAAGUGUUACAACCAUUUUUUUUUAAAUAUUAAAGUACAUGCAUAUGAUA